AUGUCUGACCAUCCUGAUGCAAGUCGGCGUUCUCUGAACUUCUUGGAUCAGUUCCUUGCUGACGGUCAGAUCAUAGAUGACGCUCUCGAUGAAGCCACAACAGUCAUACAGUCCACAAUCGAAGGUCUUCAAAAAGAGGCUUCUGACCAUCGAAAGAAUCCAAGAAGGUACAUCAAGAGGCCACGAGAGGAAGCACAUCAAAAACUAGUGGAUGAUUAUUUCGCAGAAAAUCCUCUUUACCCUUCUCAUCUUUUUCGCCGAAGAUUUCGUAUGUCUAAGCCACUGUUUCAACGCAUCGUUGAUGCCUUGGGUCAGUGGUCUGAGUAUUUUACUCAGAGGGUUGAUGCAGUUAAUCGGCAAGGACUGAGUCCACUCCAGAAGUGUACUGCAGCUAUUCGCCAAUUGGCUACUGGUAGUGCUGCAGAUCAAUUAGAUGACUACUUGAAGAUAGGAGAGACCACUGCAAUGGAGGCAUUGAAGAAUUUUGUGAAAGGGGUUAGAGAAAUAUUUGGUGAGAGAUAUCUGAGGCGUCCCACUAUGGAAGAUACUGAGCGCCUACUCAAACUUGGUGAGAGACGAGGUUUUCCUGGAAUGUUUGGCAGCAUUGACUGCAUGCAUUGGCAAUGGGAAAGAUGCCCGGUUGCUUGGAAGGGUCAGUUUACUCGGGGUGAUCAGAAAGUGCCAACUCUGAUACUUGAAGCUGUGGCCUCUCAUGAUCUUUGGAUUUGGCAUGCAUUCUUUGGAGCAGCGGGGUCUAACAAUGAUAUUAAUGUGUUGAACCAGUCUACUGUAUUUAUCAAUGAGCUUAAAGGACAGGCUCCUAGAGUGCAGUACAUGGUGAAUGGAAAUCAACACAACAUUGGAUACUUUCUUGCUGAUGGAAUAUAUCCUGAAUGGGCAGUGUUUGUGAAGUCGAUACGACUCCCUAUCACUGAGAAGGAGAAGUUGUAUGCACAGGAACAAGAAGGGGCAAGAAAAGAUAUCGAGAGAGCCUUUGGUGUAUUGCAGCGUCGAUGGUGCAUCUUAAAACGACCAGCUCGUUUAUAUGACCGAGCUGUACUCCGUGAUGUCGUGCUAGCGUGCAUCAUACUUCACAAUAUGAUAGUUGAAGAUGAGAAAGAUCAGGACAUUAUUGAAGAAAAUCUAGACCUAAAUAUGCCACCUAGUUCAUCAACCGUUCAAGAACCAGAGUUCUCUCCUGAACAGGAUAUUCCGUUAGCUAGAACUUUAGAAAAGGAUACUUCUAUUCGAGAUAAGACGACUCAUCGCAGACUUAAGAAUGAUUUGAUCGAACAUAUUUGGAAUAAGUUUGGUGGUCAUGCACGUAGAACUGGAGUUUGAGAUAUAAUACAUGGUGCCAUUGUGGAAGUGAUCUCUGGUUUCUGCAGGGUGCGGAGCAAGGAUGAAGCAACGAUGUCCAUCCAAUGUGUUCUAGUUUAUGGGUUCAACUGAAGGCUAUCGGCUGCACUACUAUCGUUGCAUUUUUUUUAUUUCGAACUGCUCUAUGUAUCGGUUACCUGAACUGCUCUACGCCUCUACUAUGUUUUAGUGACCUGAACUACUAUCGGCUGCACUACUAUCUUGGUUAUCUAUGUUUCGGUGACCUGAACUGCUAUAUAUGAAUAUGGGUUCCUGUCAAAA